AACUAGCCGUACAAUAUGCCUAUGACCGAUAAAUCAACUGCUUACAAACGAAUCAUGUUACAAAUCGCAUCGUAUCUGCCUGCAAAAUUUCGUUUUAUGUUUUUACAUCCUGCAGGACCUACAACAGUAUUUUUUUGGGCUCCAAUCUUUAAAUGGGGUUUAGUAAUCGCAAACAUAGGAGAUAUUAAUCGUCCCGCAGAAACGAUUUCCCUUAGUCAAACCGCCAGUCUUAUGUUAACAGGCGCGAUAUGGUCAAGAUAUUCGCUGGUAAUUAAACCAAAAAACUAUAACUUGUUUAGUGUAAACGCUUUCACAAGUGUUACAAGUACAUACCUUUUUGGAAGAAGAAUGUUGUAUCGUAUGGAGCAUAACAGAAAAAUGAUAUAAUGAAAUCGGUAAGAUUCGGAAAGUUAUCAUCAUCCAUCAAUAUAAAAAGAUCAUAAAGAAAAUAAUGACAUAUGUAAAUAAA